CUUUCCAGGUCGCCUGAACUGGUGGUCUACUGUGUGCACGAGCUGUAAAAGGCUUCUUCCUUUGGCCACGACAGGGGAUGGGAACUGCCUCUUACACGCCGCCUCCCUGGGAAUGUGGGGCUUUCAUGACCGGGACCUGGUUCUGCGCAAAGCUCUCUUACACCAUGAUGAGGACGGGUGCUGAGCGGGAAGCCCUGAAGCGGAGGUGGAGGUGGCAGCAGACACAACAGAACAAGGAGUCAGGGCUGGUGUACACUGAGGAGGAAUGGGAGCGUGAGUGGACGGAGCUGCUAAAACUGGCCUCCAGCGAGCCUCGCACACACUUCAGCAAGAAUGGCAGCGGCACAGGUGGCGGUGUGGACAACGCUGAGGACCCUGUGUAUGAAAGCCUGGAAGAGUUCCAUGUCUUUGUCCUAGCCCACAUACUACGGAGACCCAUCGUGGUGGUGGCAGACACCAUGCUAAGAGACUCUGGUGGAGAAGCAUUUGCACCCAUCCCAUUUGGAGGGAUCUACCUGCCCUUGGAGGUGCCUCCCAACAGGUGCCACUGCUCACCCUGGUUCUGGCCUACGACCAAGCGCACUUCUCAGCCCUUGUGUCCAUGGAACAGAGAGACCAACAGAGAGAACAAGGUUUGUCUGGCUCCUGAGACAGAGUGGG